AUGCCCGAGACGCACGUGCUGGCUUGCGACACUCAGGAUAUUUUGAGCACGCUGAAGCAGCACAAAUGGCAAGGUAUUGCUUCUCCAGCAUACCCCACGACCUACGUGAAGAAGGCAGGUGGCAUUGUUCUGGGUAUCCGUCAACAUCUUUGCUGCUCUUCUUUUCGUCACUUGUCGGACGACCCUGACAACGCGAUCGGCUUAGUUGACGUCAGCAGCAAGCAGAAGUUAUCGGGGCCCUUGUCCUUCAAGGAUGUGGUGGCGGUCGAGUGGAAGAUCGCCAGAGUCCCGCUGCUAGUGAUUGGUGCUUAUUUGACUGUCUCAGUGGGGUUGGAAGCACCCAUCAAUGUCGCAAAGCUUCUCACUAUUUCGGCGCUGUUGGACAAUCAUGCUGGGCCUUGGAUCAUCAUGGGAGAUUUCAACGCUACUCCCCUGGAGAUGGCCACUUGGAUUCGCAAGUGGAAUGGACAUUUUUACCACCCACCUGGCAUCACCCACACGUCCACGAGGGGCAAGGGGCAGCGAAUUAUCGACUAUGCUGUUGCCUCUCAGGAUUUUUCUACUCUUUUUCAUGAUGCGAUCCAGCUGGAUGCUGAGGGUGGUGACCACUACGGCAUGAUUUUGGAGUUGAAUGUUUCUGCACAACAGUCUGCACGUCGAGUCUUGGACUUACCGAAGAUGUUCCUGCCACCGCUGCCCACCAAGUUAAAGGCCGACCCCAACAGCAAACGGUCGAGGAAGAAAUUGGAGUUGGAGCGGCGACGGCAGCAGCGAGCUCUGGACCACCCAGAGGAUCUCGAGCAAGAACUUCCUGAACCCGAGUCUGAAGACGAGGAUUUCUUGGCGCAACCUCAGCAGGCCAGCACGUGCACGAAAUACCCAGAGGAGGCUCGCAAGUUUCUACAUCGAGAUUUUUUCGACUUCGACUCCGAGGCGAUUCAGCAGAUGUGGCAGUCGCAUAUUUAUGACCACAAGACUUCCGAGGUCAAGCCUGUAGCUCAGGACUGCCAACCAGCCAAGUAUUCAGAGUGGAUGGUUGAAGAUCUGGAUAAGCUUUGGACCACCAUUGACAACAACACUCUCCAGCACUGUGAGUGGACCCUACCGCCAGAUUGGAUACAAGACAGCCUCUCGUAUAAGUACGAUCCCGAGACUGCCAUCGAGCUGGGAUCAGACUACGGAAGAUUUACGUCAGUUUUUGAGAAUUUUCUGCGCCGUGUACUUGAGGUACCACCAGAUCGAGCUUGGCAUUACAAAGCUCUGGAGCCUGAGCAGAUCGCCAUCACCGUCAAGCAGAUCAACUCCAGCAAGGCCGCAGGCAUCGAGCAGCUGGGCGGCACCCUCAAGUAUUUACCUCCAGCUGGCAUUGCUCACUUGACGGGGUUUUUGAAUGAAUGCGAACGACGAGGAGGCUGGCCUUGGCAGAUUCAGACUGCUAUUGUUGCACUUUUGAGGAAAGGCGCGGACACUGAUCGUUCAAUUGGUCUGAUCCCAGAUCUGAUACGCUUGUGGAGUUCAGCCAGACAGAUUUUUCCUUCUGAAUGGGUCGAGCAGAUGGCUGGCAAGUGGGACAAUGCGAUCAGAGGUUCUUCUUGCUUGCGUGUUGGACUUUUACGAGCCUUCUCUGACGAAGCCGUCAGCAUGGGGCCCAAGCACACCGUCUCGGCUAGUCUUCUGUGGGACAUCGACAGCUUCUACGACUCGUUAGAGUACGAGCGCCUGUUCGAGCAGGGCUUGGCCCUGGAUUUUCCGCCUUUGAUGUUGCUGAUGGAAGGGCUGGCUCAUCUCAUAGUUAGAGUUUUUCGCGAAGCAGGGUGCUUUUCACCACCAGUCCAGGCCAACAAGUCCAUCAUCGCAGGAGCUCGUAGAGGGGUCGAUUUUGGAAGAUUUUAUCUCUACAGUAUCCUUGAAGCUGUGUACAACAAAUACUCACCGUCGGUCAGCACGUCGUCUUGGGUUGAUGAUAUCACUCAGUAUGCGUACGGGUCCGUCAGGUUCCUCUCCCAGGCGCUCACCAAGGCUGGGGUUCUCUUGGGCAGGCUCUGCAACAAGGCGCACUUGAGUAUCGCAAGCAAGAGCAAGAUCAUCGCGGGGGACCCUGGCUUAGCAAAGGACAUUGCGCGCAAGUUGGCACAGCACAACAUUAAGAUCACUGCUUGGCGCAGAGCUAUAGGAGGCACUUUCACUUUGUCGGUCCGUGGCCGGUGCCUCGACACUCUUUUACAGCUGGAGCUUGGAGAUCAAGAUCCAGCAAUCUCGCAGGUAUUUAAGAUGCUCGACAGCUGGAUGGCCAUUCUUGCGUCAGGAGCUGAAGCACGAGCUUUUGCAGCACGAGAUUGGUCGCAGCACGUGGCUAAGGCUGACAUUUUUGUGCACAGCCACGGCUUCUUUCCCGACGGCACAGACCUGAUCGUCGGUGCAGGAUUUGAGGGAGCGAGGUCUCUCCACAAUGUGUACAUCGGUGCCAGGUACGUUGACCCGUCUCAUGAUAUGGUCAUGUCUGCCAAGGGUACCUACAUAUGCCUGACCUGCGGCUCCCACGCCAUAAGAGCGGGUCAGAAUCUCUUCAAAGAAUGCAAGAAGGACAAGUACGACAUCAGCAUAUCGACGGUGGAGAUAGAUAACUAUUACGCCCUGAAGGCCGCCGACGUGGCGGACGACCCUGUGCAGGCCACUGUCUGGACUCAGCGGGUCCCGCCCGAGGGGCUCGUGCUGCUUCAGAAGAGCCUCAUGAGCCGCAUGGUGGCCUGCAUCGACAAGCUGAACCAGGAGCUGCCGCCGGCGGCGCGCCUACAGCGGAGACGCCUCGACGCAGGCCUGUCAAAGACGGCGCCAACCUACGAGCUGCUCAAGACCGACGGCUACAGAGUCUUUCGCCGCAAGCUGGAGGUCUUCGAGCGCUGCUGCAAGAAGCGCGGCACCGCCGCGAUCAGCGAGGGCGCGUUCUUGAUCAUGACCUCGCUGCAGGGUGAAGCCGCGGAGGCUACGGAAGACAUCGACCUGGACCAGCUGGAGACCGAGGACGCUUUCAAACCGCUGUUCCAGGUGCUCGACGAGUACUACAAGUACGAUAACCAGACCGAGCUGCCAGCCCGCACAAAUCAGUUUUUCGGCAAGUUCGCUCGCAAGGACAAGGAGACGAUGAAGCUCUACUGCUUGCGCCACAAGCGAGAGCUGAGGAAGCUCAAGGAGGUCGGCAUGGAGAUUCCCGACAUGCUGGUGCGGAGUCAAUGUGCCAGUGGCCUCAGUUGGGCUAGUGUGAAGAAGGCCCUGCUCGAUGCAUAUGGAGCCGAAGCCGUGCCCGACAAGCGCGACGUGAAGCGAGUUGAGAAGAUGCUUGUCGGGCAGAGCUACAAGGACGACGCGCACUACACGAACGAUUACGAGUGGGAGCGAGGCCUGAGCUACGAAGACUCAUACCUGGAGGAGGAAGAAUACGACUACGACGAGUACGAGGAGUACGACGCUGAAGAGCACGAGGAAGAGGCCGAAGUCGCCGAGGAGCUGCCGCAGGACGUGGAGGAAGCACAGAUCGCGCGCGACGAGGCCUACCUCAGUUUCGUGGAUGCGAAGAGGCGCGUGGCGGAGAUCGCCAAGUCGAGAGGCUUCUACCCGAUCGUCGCUGUCGCGCCUGACAACAACUUUCAGCACGGCAAGGGCACGCCGCGCUCUACCAAGCCGACGGGCGGCAAGGGCAAGGGCCGCAGCAAAGGCAAGGGCAAAGGCAAGGGCACUGGCUCGCGCCAGGUGUUCAGGCCGAAGGUGAACAUCUUCAAAAAGCCCCCGCCGGCGACGCCGGCAGGAUCGACCGCUAUUGGCUCGACGCAGCAUCACGGCCCGAGGUUCAAGCGAUUCCGUGGAGGAGGUUUCGUGAAGCCCGACUCGGAGCACGCCGCCAUGGCAGAAGACGUGGAGACGCUGGAGCACGCUAACUCGACCGAGGAGGUGUACCUGAUGUCGACCAGCAAGGGCAUCAGCGACGGCGGCGCGACGCGACCCGUCACGGGCGACAAGAUCUGGGCGCAGUGGGAGGAGCUGCUGCGUUCACGCCAGCUGCUGCACGAGGUCGAGUACGGCAAGAGCGACCGACGAUUUCGAUUCGGAGACGGCAAGACGCUCGAGGCCAAGCGGUCCGUGACCCUGAACGCGUGGCCGUUCGGCGUCAAGAAGCAGAUCACGAUCCAUCUCGUCGAGGGGUGGGCGCCGCUGCUCAUCGCCCGUCCGCGCAUGGAGGAGCGGGGCUCGACACGAGACUACCGCGCCGGCACGUUUAUGAUGAAGGACCUCCCCGACAAAGGCUGGAUGAAGUCCGAGCGCGACGAGAAGGGGCGCUUCAUUAUCGACCUGCUGGGCGGCGCCGGCAGAGCCACCGACGACGCGAUGAACGAGGGCGCGCCGACCGAGGGCGAGCCCAGCAGCGACAACUCGACCGAUAACGAGUCCGAGGCGCCGCCGAGCGAGUCCGAGGACGACUCUGAAUCGUCCGACGUGGACCCCGACGCGUACUACCUCGAGACGGUCACCGAGUUUUGCGACAUCGGUGACAAUGACGACGUGGGAAGUGAGUGGACCCAGGAGUUUUCGGCUGCAGGUUCGAGCGGGAACGCUGGGCCGAGCACGAUGGACCCCGACACCUACACCGACCUGGCCUUGGCCCUCGAGCAGGCACACGACGGCAUGAAGGAGAUGCUCCGAGGACCCCCGCCGCGCAGAGUCUGGGAGGUGUUCGUGGACGAAGGAGGACUGUCUCAGGCGCUGCUUGAGUACCCCAUGGUGGACGUCACGCAGUUCCGCCUCGAGGACGGCUGGGACUUCUCCAAGCCAAAGGUGAUUAAGGCGUUCCUGAGGAAGAUCGACGUCGAGAGGCCCGACGACAUUUUCUUCGCACCCCCGUGCAAGGCAUGGCGCUCGUGGCAGCACGUGAAUGCCACGCUCUCGGCGGAGCGCGCCGCGGAGAUCCACGAGGCGCGGGUGCGCGAGGAGAAGACGUUCCUGAAGUUGGUCCGUGACUCUUUCGCGAAGCAGCUGAAUGGAGGCCGACACGCCUAUGUGGAAGGCCCAUGGUCAGGAGCGCACUGGAGCACCAAGACGUGGAAGACACUGCCGGGCCACCACUGCCGGCUGGACCAGCGCCGCCUGGGAGCCAAUUUCCCCAUCAAGGGAGUGGACAUGCCGUGCCAGAAGCCGGCGCGGCUGCAGUCCACUAACAAGGAGUUCAUCGAUCACAUGGGUCUGAGGUGCGGGUGCCGGGACGAGCACGUGAUACUACGCGGCAAGCUCGCCCAACAGGCUCAGAACUACCCCGCACCGAUGGCACGACGGAUGGCUUACCUGAUUGCCUACCAGGGCAUGGCCGCCGACAUCGACGAGAUUCACUCGGCCGAGGAAGUGCACAAGGACAUCGAUGCCAUCGAGUACACAGGCAUAAUGCAGGAGCUGAUGAAGCGCUUCAACGUCUCGACCAUCCGCGCGGUCAAGCGCGCGCGCGUCAGCCUGGGGCACCCCUCGAACGCGGCGCUGACCAACGCCAUGCGACACGCAGGUGCCCCAGCAGAGUGGAUCCAGUGCGCCAGGCUCUACAAGUGCGAGAUCUGCCUCAAGAGACAGCGACCGCGCACCGUGCGCGUGGCCGUGCUCCCGGAGGCCAAGCGCUUUAACGAGGUGGUCAGCACCGACGUGUACUACGUCACCUGGAAGACGAAGGAGCGGAAGAUCCGAGCGAUGAUGGACGAGUUCACUCGCUACGAGGUCGACUACCCCAUCUCGAAGGAGACUUUCAAGAAGGAGAAGAAGCUCUUCGAGAAGCUCUGGAUCAGCUGGGCCGGCAAGCCCGAGGCGAUGCGCAUGGACAUGGGCGGUUCGCACACGUCCAAGAAUCUGCACUCCUGGAUGAGCAAGCACGACAUCAAGCUCGACCUGAUACCGAAGGGCGCGCACCACAAGCUGGGCUUGAUGGAGCGGAACCACGCGGUUCGGAGGGAGCAACUGAGCAAGUACCACAUGCAGUUCCCCGACGACUCGCUCAAGACGGCCCUUAGGAUGACGGCCAGCCAGCGCAACCUACUGCGGAACGCGCAUGGGUUCUCACCCGCCAUGCUGGCGCUGGGGACUCAGCCCCGCGUGCCAGGCGCCCUCUCCGACGAGGACUUCGGCCUGGCCGAGCAGUCCGCGCUGGUCGACCCGAGGAGCGAGGUGCACGAGAUGAUGCUGCGGCGUGUCGCUGCCAGCACGGCCUUCAUCGAGGCCAACUGCUCGCGCGCCGCGCGCGCAGCCCUGCUGGCCCGCAGCAGGCCGACCCGCCGCGAAUACGAGAUCGGCGAGUGGGUCUACAUUUGGAGGCCUGAGCCUUCGCGUGGCCUGGAGAAGCGCCACUGGUUCGGCCCCGCGCUGGCGGUGGCCGCGGAGGCGAAGCCCAACGAGGACGACGUGAUGCACACCUCGGUGGUCUGGGCCACACACGGGCGCGUGAUCUACAGGCGCACGGUCGAGCAGCUACGACCCGAGCUGCCAGGCGAGGCCCGCGAGCGCGAGGGCCGCAGGGACGACCCCGACAGCCCGCUCAGCUUGAUCGAGAAGCUGCGCCGCGCGUUGAAGCGGACGAAGGGCACCUGCAUGUACAGGGACCUGGCGGAGGAGGGGCAGACGCCCCAGCACGACGACAACCUGGACGACAUGGGGGACCAGCCGCAGGCGCGGGAGCCCGACGCCCAGGAGAUGGACACGGAGGAGCCCGGCGAGGCAUCGGGGGCAGCUGCAGCGGCAGCUCCCGAAGAGGCUCAACCUGCCGAUCUUGGUGGCGUGGAAGCAGUGGAUCGAGACUCACCACGUUCCCCAGCGGCUGAUGCCGGCGCCGCUGCAAACGGAAGUGCCUCGAGCCAUGCAGCGCCAGAACCAAGCCGGCCCCACGUCGAGACGAUGGCCAAGAGGAGCGUGGAGGAGGCCGAGAAGCUGGACGGCGUUCCGCUGUCGAAGCGUGCCCGCCUGACGUGGGCCAAGCUAAACCCUCCUGACGAGCACGCCACGCUGCUCGAAGAGGUGGACGACGAGAUGCUACUGUUGGAGGAGUCCACCGAGACGGUCUACAUGCUGGCCUUCAAGCGGAAAGCCCCCACCAUCGUGGAGGGGAAGCAGACGCCCGAGGAGAAGGACCAGUUCUACGCAGCGAAGCUGGAGGCCCUCGAGGUGUUUAACCAGGACGACGGCUGGGAGCCCAUCAACGAGGAGGACGUGGACCCAGCAGCCUGCUGUCCGCUGCGGUUCCUGCUGAAGUGGAAGAUGAAGGACGGGCAGAAGGUGGCCAACGCGCGCGUGCUGUACCAGGGGUUCAAGCAUCGCGACGUCGCCGAGGGCCAGCUCGACAAGGAGGCGCCGACCUUCAGCAGACUGGGCCGGCACACGGUCAUGCUCUGGACGCCCCUACGGAAGUGGAGGCUGUUCACGGCGGGUGUGAAGUCCGCAUUCCUGCAGGCGGAGGACGUGAGCGUACGCGGACUCAAGCUGCACGCGAGCCCGACGAAGGAGAUGAGGGAGAUGCUCUCUCAGCAGAUCGGCUUGCAACCUGGACAGCUGCUGGAGAUGAUCAAGCCAUGUUUCGGAGACCCGAGGUCGCCGAAGCUCUGGCACUACCGCUCCGACGAAGUCACGAAGGAGAUCGGGUUCAGGAACCACUGGCUCGAGGACUGCCUCUUGCUGCCCCUGCGCCCGGCGAAGGUCGAGGACGACCCGUUCGACGUGUGCAGCUUCGAGGACCAGACCUACGUGGUGGACGGCCUGAUCGGCAAGCACGUGGACGACUUCAUCGGAUGCGGCGAGGGAGUCAACUGCGAGGAUGACCUGCACGCCAUGCUGGACAACUCGGAGUGCUUCCAGGCGAGACUGGGCGCGCUCAACCAGAAGUUCACGUUCGGCAAGUGGGGCUUCGGGCCGAGCCUGAUCUUCACCGGCGGCGAGGUAGAGCAGUCUCUCAGCACCUACGCGGUGACCCUGAAGUUCGAGAAGUACUUGCGCGCGGUGAAGCCUAUCACCAUCGAGAAACACCGCCGGGCAGACCCGACGAGCGCGCUGACGCCGAAGGAGCUCACAAGUUUCAGGACCCUGAACGGCCAGCUGCAGUGGCCCGCGGCUCAGGGAGUGAUGAUAGCCGCAGCGACUGUUUCGUUCAGAGCAGCAGCUACGGGAAGUGCUACGGUGCAGGACCUCCUGGACGCGAACAAGGACCUGCGCUUCCUGAAGGCCAACGCGGACGUGGGGCUCUACUUCGGGUUCGACAAGGCCUGGGGCGAGCUACGCGUGGGAGGCUACUCCGACGCGAGUUGGGCAAGCCGCCUGGACGGGAGUUCGCAGGGUGGCUACGCGAUCUUCGCUGGACCCGACGACGACCUGCGCAACGGCAACCCGACGCCGUUCGUGGGGCUGGAGUGGGCCUCGAAGAAACUCGUGCGGCUGUGCAGGAGCUCGCUGUCCGCGGAGGCGCAGGCAGCUGCGCUCGGCGUGGACUCGCUGAUGUGGGUGAAGAUCUACCUGACGCUGAGUUUGCGGCCAGACUUCAAGCCAGACCAAGCUAUGCUAUACCUCGGAGAGUCGCCGUUCAUCACGGACGCGAAGUGCCUUUACGACGCCUCAAGGUCAGCCACGGCAGGCCUGGGCAUCACGGAGAAGCGGACGGCCAUCGAGGUAAAGAUGGUGAACGAGCAGAUGGAAGAGAUCGGCGCAGUGUGGAAAUUGGUGAACACCCAGCAGCAGAUGGCAGACGGGUUGACGAAGCUCUCCGCACGCCAGCAGAUGGCGGACGUGCUGCGCCGUGGAGUUCACGCCCUACGGUACGACCCGAACUUCGUAGCCGGGAAGAAGCUGACCAAGCGCGCGAUGGAGCAGCGCGAGAAGGAGCUGGACCAGGCUGGAGACGACCUGGCGGACGAGUUCGAGGCUAAGCCAAAGGAGAAGCCCAAACAGAGGAAGCGCCAUUUUGGCGCGAGUGGUGCGAGGUUGGCGGCAACCUUGGCAGCGAGCGGAGCAUCGAGUGCAGCUGGAGAGUUGAUGGAGUACACGCCCAGCGGCGUUGAGCUGUUCAACACACCGGCGCCCGACGACUGGAGCAACCUGAUCAUGAAGCUGAUCAUGCUCGGCAUCGUGAUAUGCCUCAUCCUGCUGUUCGGCUGUGGAGUCUGCGCAGGGGUGUGGUGGAUGCGCCUGACGAGCAAGACGACGCGCGCAGACUACAAGGUGCUGGAGCCAGAGACGGAACCAGUCCCGACCAGACCGACGAUGGCGGAGACCACGACGACAGGGACGAGCACGAAGCCAGUCAAGCAGAAGAAGACGCGCAACGCGUGCUGCCAGGCUCCGACGCGCUACAACCUGGACCUGGCACAGCCGAGGUUCCAGCCGCUGCCCGAGUACGCCCACGGAGCAUUCUUCGGCUGA